AUGGCGGUUCUCGAAAGCGGACGCCUAAUAAGUCGCGCGGCGGACGGCUUCUUGCGGCCCCCGACGGCCGCCCAGCCGCGCAAGUUCCGCUCCAUUGAGGGUCCGACCUGGUGCGAAACGUCGCGGAUCCGUGUCAUAGCAGACGAACUGCUCACAGCUCUGAAGUUAUACCAAGCUGGCUGUAGGAUUCACAGCUCUGAAGUUAUACACAGUUGGCUGUACGAUACGACAGGCCGUGUAGGAUUAACCCUAACCGAUGCAGCGAUGAUUAGGAAAAGAGUAGCGGAUAGAGCUCAG